AUGGAAUUUUGGAGUCUUCGAAAGUUGGUGAAGACAGCAUCAUCUAAAGCUUUGGUUAUCAGAAUCAAUUUGCUCUGUCUUGCCAUAUUUCUUAUUGUUUAUGCAACCCUUCUUCUCCGUCCAUCUUCUUCAGUCUAUUUCGAGAAUGCAGCCUCUCUUGUUAGGUUCUCUCACAAGACAGAAAAAAGCAUAAAAAUGAAAGCAGUAUUGGAGGAAUUACCUCAAGCGAAACCAUGGAGGCCAAAGAAGAAUGCGACCAAGCUAGAGGUGCCUAGCUUCUUUCGUGAAAUGGGGAAAGGAAUGAAGAUUGGAAUGGUGAACAUGCAUGAAGAUGAUGUUAGUGAAUGGAGAUUGCAAGGAGAAACAAUAGCUGUUUAUUUUGAGAGGGUAUCACAGUUUUUCAAUUGGACAGAUUUAUUUCCUGAAUGGAUAGAUGAGGAAGAAGAGAGUGAUGUUCCAUCAUGUCCAGAGAUACCUAUGCCAGAGUUUGCAGCAUAUGAUGAAAGCAUGGAUGUAAUUGUGGCCAAGUUGCCAUGCAAGAAUCCUGAAGAAGGGUGGGGAAGAGAUGUUUUCAGGUUACAAGUUCAUCUUAUUGUAGCAAAUAUGGCAGUGAAGAAAGGGAAGAAGGAUUGGAAAUUGAAGACAAAAGUGGUUUUUUGGAGCAAGUGUAGACCAAUGAUGGAGUUAUUUCGAUGCAAUGACUUGGUUAAACAUGAAGGUGAGUGGUGGUAUUAUGAGCCAGAGGUUAAGAGAUUGGAGAAUAAGCUUUCAUUGCCUGUUGGGUCUUGCACUUUGUCUUUGCCUCUAUGGGAUAAAGGGAUCGAUGACGUGUACGACAUGUCGAAGAUCGAACGAAGCGUGAGAAAAGGAACGAGAGCGAAACGCGAGGCCUACGCGACUGUUCUCCACUCCUCCGAAAAAUACGUUUGCGGCGCAAUAACCUUAGCACAGAGCCUCCUCAAAACAGGAACCAAACGCGACCUUAUCCUCCUCCUCGACAACAAAUCCAUCUCCGCCCCCAAACGCCGCGCACUAGCCGCCGCCGGCUGGAAGAUCCGAACCAUCACCCGGAUCCGAAACCCGAGAGCCGAGAACGGCACGUACAACGAGUACAACUACAGCAAGUUCCGCCUAUGGCAGCUCUCAAAUUACGACAAGGUCAUUUUCAUCGACUCCGACAUCAUCGUACUCCGAAACCUCGACAUUCUCUUCCACUUCCCUCAGAUGUCGGCAACGGGAAACGACCAAUCGAUCUUCAACUCGGGGGUCAUGGUAAUCGAGCCUUCCAACUGCACCUUCAACGUCCUAAUGGAGAAUCGAAACGACGUCGUCUCGUACAACGGCGGUGACCAAGGGUUCCUGAACGAGAUCUUCGUGUGGUGGCACAGGUUGCCGAGGAGGGUGAAUUUCCUGAAGAAUUUCUGGGCGAACACGACGGUGGAGGCCACCGUGAAGAACGGGUUGUUCGGUUCGGAUCCUCCGAAGUUGUAUGCUAUUCAUUACCUAGGAUUGAAGCCUUGGCAUUGUUACAGGGACUAUGAUUGUAACUGGGAUGUUGAGGAUCAAAGGGUUUAUGCGAGUGACGUGGCGCAUCGAACGUGGUGGAAACUACAUGAUGAAAUGGAUAAGAGGUUGCAGAGUUUGUGUAGGUUGACGAAACGACGUAGGACUGAGUUGAACUGGGAAAGGAGGAAAGCUCGCAAGUUGGGAUUACCUGAUCAACAUUGGAACAUCAAUGUUACUGAUCCUAGAAGAUCUGGCUCUCUUUUGAUGGAUUAA